AUGGAUAUCGAAAAGAAUUCCUCAAUGGCAAUCAACGCAAUGGGGAUUGGGGCAGUUUUAAGCCUUUUUGGUUUUCUACUAACCUAUAUUCCCUCUCAUUUUAUUACCGUAUCAAAUUUAUUCAAAAAAAUUAUUGGAAUUUUGUUUAAUCCUUCAACACAAAUUCUCAAAUUUGAAAUAGGUUAUAUAACUGCUAAUCACUUUGGAAGUGAAUUUUUCGAAAAUUUUUGGUCUACAGAUACAAUUAAAAAUAAAGAAAUGAUUAGAUUAAUUUUUGAUCGUUCAAUUAAAAGAUUAAAUGAAAAAAAUAAAAAUUUGGUAGAAAUAACAGAAAAGGAAGUUUAUGAUAUCUAUCAUCCAAAAAUGUCUGUAACUUAUGGUUAUGGUAAAGGAGUUGUUAAAAUAAUGAAUUGGAUGAAAAGAAAAUUGAAAAAAGGUUAUGCUUUUUUGACGGGGAAAAAAUUUAAAUUGAAAUUGUUUGAACAAAUAAAUUUAAGCAAAAUUGCUUUGGAUUUGUUUAAUGGUAAAUUUAAAUUAAAAAUUUUUAUAUACUAA